ACCCCAUAACACCCCCACCCCAAAGUCAACCAGCCCCUAUCCUUCAUCCCCAGAAUCCACCAGCCAAUCCCUACCUCACCCAUCCCCUGGUAACAUCAGGCCGGAUAACAGUAGAUCAGGCCCACCUCCUGGCCGAAAUAAACUACAACAAAAGCACUGGCAAGGUCAGGAGGUAUAUCACCAUGGCCAGGAUACUGACAGCCCAGGAGAUGUCCGACACCAUCGAGGAGGUGGAGGACCGUGCUGCAAGGCAGGAGGCCCAAGCUCUGGCCAGAAGAGACCGAGAGCAGCAGCGGGCCAGAGACACCAGCCCGGCAGCCACUUCCUCUACCCUGCCUAGCGGCUCCCGCCCCAGCCGCAGAAGAACUUGGCCCCUCGGGGCUGCACCAGCAACCAGCUCCGGCAUUUCCAUUGCCGGUCCCUCAGCACCCUCUGCCCCCUCUUGUGCCUCCCACGGUCCCCAGCUGCCUGCCACCAGCGGCAGACCAUCCCGGACGAGCCUGCCUGCAGAGGGACACCACCAUCCUCCAUCUCCUGAGCCUUCCACAUCGGGUGCAGGAUUGGGCCGCCGAGGGUCCACUUCUUCCUCUCCCUCCCACUCAAAAAGAACCAGCCCCUCUUCCUCCCUGUCUGUUGGGCCCACGACAUCCACCGGUCACACCGCUGCAAAGAGGAGACUGGAGCCGACAGUCUGGCGGUGUGGCCGGUGCAGGGAACCCGAACCUCCAGAGGCUCCAGAGGGAUUGGUGUCGUGGGUCCAGUGUGACAACUGCCACUAGUGGUUUCACACCACUUGUGUCAGCUGGGAGGAGGAUGAGCUGAACAACAAUAAAUGUUGGUGUUUUU